CCUGGCAACCCGGGGCUGAGCUUCCCACAAUGCACCGCGGCCGCAUCGGCCCCUGCGCGGGCUCGGAUCCCCCCGCUGAGGUUGGGGGGUCCCCGCGCCCCUCCCCCACCAUGGCGCGCCCCUGCCCCGCCCCCGGCCCGGUUCCGCUCCCGCUCCCGGUUCCGUUCCCGGUUCCGUUCCCGGUUCUGGUGCUGCUGCUGGGGCUGCUGCCCUCGGGCUGCCACGGGCUGAUCCGGGGGGCGCUGCCGUUCGGGCUGGCGCGCCGGGAGCUGGCGUGCGAGGGGUACCCGCUGGAGCUGCGCUGCCCCGGCAGCGACGUCGUCCUGGUGGCCGACGCCAACUACGGCCGGACCGACGACAAAAUCUGCGACGCCGACCCCGGGCAGAUGGCGAACGUGCAGUGCUACCUGCCCCAGGCACAGCCCAUCAUGGCCCAGAGGUGCAAUAACCGCACUCAGUGCGUUGUGGUCGCCGGCUCCGACGCCUUCCCCGACCCCUGCCCGGGCACCUACAAAUACCUGGAGGUGCAGUACGACUGCGUGCCCUACAAAGUGGAACAAAAAGUUUUCGUCUGCCCGGGCGUCCCCCAGCGCGUGGGUCCGGCGCUGUCCACGCACGAGUCGCCGCACCAGGCGGGCGGCUGGUGCCGGGACCCGCUGCAGUCGGGGGACCGGCUCUACGUGCUGCCGUGGGUGCCGUACCGCACGGACACGCUCACCGAGUACGCGUCCUGGGCCGACCUGGUGGGCGCCCGGCCCGCGGCCACGCACCGGCUCCCGCACCGCGCCGACGGCACCGGCUUCGUGGUGUACGACGGCGCCGUGUUCUACAACAAGGAGCGCACCCGCAGCAUCGUCAAGUACGACCUGCGCACCCGCAUCAAGAGCGGCGAGACCGUGGUGGGCGCCGCCAACUAUCACGACACGUCGCCCUAUCGCUGGGGCGGCAAGACCGACAUCGACCUGGCCGUGGACGAGGAGGGGCUCUGGGUCAUCUACGCCACCGAGGGCAACGGCGGGCGCCUGGUGGUGAGCCAGCUGAACCCCUACACGCUGCGCCUGGAGGGCACCUGGGAGACGGGCUACGCCAAGCGGGCGGCCUCGGACGCCUUCAUGGCCUGCGGGGUGCUCUACGUGGUGCGCAGCGUUUACCUGGACGACGACACGGAGCACCUGGGCAACGCCCUGGUCUACGCCUUCGACACGCGGCGCGGGCGCGGCUCGGCGCUGGCGCUGCCCUUCCCCAACCCGUACCAGUUCGUGGCCUCGGUGGGCUACAACCCCCGCGACAACCAGCUGUACGUGUGGAACAACCACUUCCUGCUGCGCUACGGCCUCGACUUCGCGCCCCUCGACGGCGACGGUGCGGUGACCACGGAGCCGCCCAGCGCGGCCCCCCCGCGCCCCACGGCGCCCCCCAGCUCCGCCGCCCCCCCGUUCCCCUCCCCCACCGCCCGCCGGGGCCCCCCCCUCACCCCCCGGCCCGGGCCCCCCCCGGGACCCCCCCCGGGCCCCGCCCACAGCGCCGCCACCCCGGGGGGGUCCCCGGGACCCCCCAACAGCGGCCCCGGGGGGGCUCCCCCCGCCCCUCCCCCCUCCCGCCGCCCGCCGGGGGGGCCCGGGGGGGGCUCGGGGGCGGGGCCCGGGGCGGGGGCGGGGCCGGGGGGAACCGGGGGCGGGCCCGGGGGGGGUCCCGGGGCGGGGGGGCGGCUGUGCGAGGCGCGGGAGGUGCGCAGGGUGCAAUGGCCCGCGGCACAACAGGGAGCGCUGGUGGAGAGACCCUGCCCCAAGGGGACCCGAGGCAUCGCCUCCUUCCAGUGCCUGCUGGGGCUGGGGGUGUGGAACCCCCGCGGGCCCGACCUGAGCAACUGCACCAGCCCCUGGGUCAACCAGGUGGCACAGAAGAUCAAGAGCGGGGAGAACGCGGCGUCCAUCGCGGGGGAGCUGGCGCGGCACACGCGCGGGCCCGUGUUCGCCGGGGACGUCAGCUCGGCCGUGCGGCUGCUGGAGCAGCUCCUGGACAUCCUGGACGCGCAGCUGCAGGCGCUGAGGCCGCUGGAGAGGGAAUCAGCAGGGAAAAAUUAUAACAAGAUGCACAAGCGGGAGCGAACCUGCAAGGAUUACAUCAAGGCCGUGGUGGAGGCCGUGGAUAACCUGCUGCGCCCCGAGGCGCUGGAGUCGUGGCGGGACAUGAACGGCUCGGAGCAGGCGCACACGGCCACCAUGCUGCUGGAUGUGCUCGAGGAGGGCGCCUUCCUGCUCGCCGACAACGUCAAGGAGCCCGCGCGCUUCCUGGCCGCCCGGCAGAACCUGGUGCUGGAGGUGUCGGUGCUCAACACCGAGGGGCCGCUCCAGGAGCUCGUGUUCCCGCAGGAGCUGGGGGGUGACGGCUCCAUCCAGCUCUCGGCCAGCACCCUCAAACAGAACAGCAGGAACGGGGUGGUGAAGGUUGUCUUCAUCCUGUACAACAACCUGGGGCUGUUCCUGCCCACCGAGAACGCCACCGUGCGCCUGGGGGGGGACGGGGGGCCCCGCGCCCCCCAGCUCGUGGUCAACUCCCAGGUCAUCGCUGCCUCCAUCAACAAAGAGUCCAGCAGGGUCUUCCUGCGGGACCCCGUGGUCUUCACCCUGCCCCACCUGGAGACCAAGAACCACUUUGGGGCCAACUGCUCCUUCUGGAAUUACUCGGAGCGCUCCAUGGCCGGGCACUGGUCGAGCCAGGGCUGCCGCCUGCUGCGCUCCAACGGCACCCACAGCUCCUGUGCCUGCAGCCACCUGACCAACUUCGCCCUGCUGAUGGCCCGGAGCCAGAGCUUCCCGGGGCGGCUGAACGAGGUGCUGCUGUCGGUGAUCACCUGGGCGGGGAUCCUGGUGGCGCUGCUGUGCCUGGGCCUGUCCAUCUCGGCCUUCUGCUGCCUGCGGGGGCUGCCCUCGGAGCGCACCACCAUCCACAAGAACCUGUGCAUCAGCCUCUUCCUCGCCGAGCUGCUCUUCCUCGUGGGCAUCGACAAGACGCAGUACCAGGUGGCCUGUCCCAUCUUCGCCGUGCUGCUGCACUAUUUUUUCCUGGCGUCGUUCUCGUGGCUGUGCCUGGAGGGGGUUCACCUGUACCUGCUGCUGCUCGAGGUGUUCGACAGCGACCCCGCCCGCCGCAAGUACUACUACGCGGGCGGCUACUUCUUCCCCGCCGUCGUGGUGGCCGUGGCGGCCGCCGUGGAUCACCGCAGCUACGGCACCGACCAGGCGUGAGCAGG